AUGGUUUUGGAAGCUGGUUCAAAUCCGAUAGAGACCAUAAAACACCCCGGCGAGUUUGACACAAUGUUGAAAACGGUUCGCUAUCCCAAAAACUACGAUUCAGUUUCGGGAUGGAUUCCCGAUGUCGGUGACGGAGAAGUUUUAAAAGAACCGGUCAGAACUGUAGCAAAUGACGCAGACCUUGCUAGGAUAAGGGUAGUCGCUAGAAACACACUGGAAAGAGUGACUCGCGGAGUAAAUCACGGAUUUGAAAAACGAGCGCUUCAAUACAACAAUGUCGUCGAGAACAACAGAUGGGGUAAUUAUGUAAAUUGGAAGUUGUAUCCUUUAUUUGGUCUCUUGGAACACAGAAAGGUUUCCAUAGGUUUACCGUAUAAAAUUCAUUUGCAAAGAGAAAUUAACGACAACAAGAUAUUCUUUGGUGAAAACAACUCUGACACAAAAUUGGAAAUGACAAAUAUUCAACUUUACAUACCGGUAAUCACUCCUUCCGUAGAAGUGGAAACGAGAAUAUUCAACUCUUUAACCAAAGACAUCGAAAUUGCUUUUCUUCGUCUAACACGGUAG